CCAAACUCGCAUCAGCUUCAGUUCAAUUCGCACCAGGUCGAUCCAACCCUCCACAAGGAACAUUGCCGCAUCCCCGGUAGAUCCAGACUAAAGUUUCUUAAAAGAGAGGGUUCCCGACUGCUUGGUUCCGCCAUUUCAGCCGCGCUUCCAGUCACAAGCAUAUCUCGUCGUACGGCUAUAACUUCAACCGCCGGCGGGUCACCAUGUCGCUCGUUAAAAGGGUAGCCGUUAUCGGCGCAGGUCCGGCUGGGGCCAUUGCGGUCGAUGCGCUCGUGCAAGAAAAGGCAUUCGACGUGGUCCGGGUGUUUGAACGGCAGGAGAAAGCCGGUGGUUGCUGGGUUUCGCGAGAGAAUGAAAAACACGUCCCUCUCGACAUUGAACGGUUAUCCAACCGGACCGCAGACCUACCGGUUGCUAUUCCGUCAGAUUUGCCCCGACAUGCGCCUGCGCUCACGCAGCAUCGCUUUACCGAUUCGCACAUUUACCCAACGCUAGAGACCAAUGUCGAUGUCACGACCAUGUGUUACUCCCAGGAGUCGAUUCCGACCGUCCGCACAGACAGGACAGUAGCCCUCCACGGGCCAGACAGUCCGUUCCGCCACCACACCGUCAUCCGACAAUACGUGGAGGAUCUCCUCAACCGGAACGGGUACCAGGAUCUCGUUGAGUACAACACCACCGUGGAGCGAGCGACUAAGGACCCCCGCACCGGUCAAUGGGUGCUAGUAUUGCGACGCGCGGGCCAAUCAGGCGGGUACGACUACUGGUGGAGCGAAACCUUCGACGCCUUGGUGGUCGCGUCGGGACACUUCUCAGUCCCGUAUGUCCCGGCCAUCGAAGGACUGAAGGAGUUUACGGCACGGUACCCUGAUCGCGUGGAGCACACGAAACAAUACCGUGGCCCGGAGAAGUUCCGCGGAAAGAAGGUCGUCACCGUUGGAGCGUCUGUCUCAGCAGCUGAUACGGCAGUCAGCUUAGUCGAUUCGGCUCAAACACCCAUCUACUCCGUUGUGCGGGGUAGAUACAACCCUUACUUCGGCGAUGAAGCCUUCAAACACCCCAACAUCAAGCGGGUGCCGUCCAUUGCGCGAAUCUGCAGCGACAACGGCGAGCGCACCGUGCAUUUCGAAGACGGGACCUCCGUAUCGGAUGUCGAUCACAUCAUCCUCGGCACCGGGUUCACCUGGACGCUCCCAUUCCUACCUGACCUUCCGCUGCGGAACAACCGCGUUCCAAACCUCUUCCUCCAUGUGUUCUAUCAGCACGAUCCGUCCUUGGUAGUCGUUGGUGGGGUCGGAGCGGGCCUCACCUUCAAAAUCUUCGAAUGGCAAGCCGUAGUCGCAGCGCGGGUCCUAGCCGGCAAAGCCCGCCUACCGCCCCUAGAAGAGCAACAAAGAUGGGAGAACGAGCGCAUCGCCGUCAAGGGUGACGGCCCUGGUUUCCUGUCGGUCAACCCGGAGUUUGAGCCUUACUUCGAGCAUGUCCGUCGGCUGGCGGGGAACCCCACGGAGGGUCAACCGGGUCGGAGACUGCCCCCCUUCGAACAGUCGUGGGUGGAUGACUUUAAUAGUGGGCACCAGCGACGCAUUCGCAUGUGGCGGCGGUUGAACGGCGCGGGUAAGGAUAGUCGGUUGUAAGGGGCUUUAAAUAUGUAUGUUUGUAUGGACUUGGACUUGUGGUAUUUGUGACCGUUGCUGGAUCGGGAUAUCCGUCAAGGGUAUCAACUAAUUACUGCCAUGACUAACGUUAUAGUGCAUGCGCAUGUGUCUCUCUGCAUGCUGAGGGGACGCUAUUAUCUGUUAGAAUUUUUGAGUACAUAUUUGCAUCGACUACCUACUAUACCUACUAUACCUGGAUUAGUGUCAAUCAAGAGUCCCCGCAGAUCGGAAUCGGCCGACGCAAUUUAGCCGGAUUCUGGCAAAACAGCACAAGCACAGUAUUGAACCAAGUGCGG